UUGUGGGACACAGCUCAAGGCUAGGUUUCACCAAAGGCUUUCAAGGCGCGGACUUGUUUUUAAAAGGGACUCAUUCCUGGGAAGGUUGACUAUCCUUUAAGACUCAUCAGGGAUUAGUAGCCCGUUUACCGAUGGAUCUGUGUUUAAUUCUUACCAAACGACUGGUCACUUCACUGGCAAGCCACUCCGCAAAUCGGGAACGCGGGGAACUUUUUUCUCCCUUCGCGCGGAGGGUGACGUCGCACGUGCGUGAGCGUACCUAUCGCAGUACCCGUUACGCUCUUGCGCGUGCGUACUGAGAUCGAAUAGCUGCUUCCUCCCGCUUCUCUUCCUCCCUCCCCCCAUAUCCGUGCGCCGAGCUGAUAAAGGCGCCAUUUUGGAGGGGCCGCGGGAGACGUGGUGUCGCUGCGGGCUCGCUCUGCCGUGCGCUAGGCUUGGUGGGAAGGCCUGUUCUCGAGUCCGCGCUUUUCGUCGCCGCCAUGUCGGGAGGUGGUGUGAUUCGUGGCCCGGCAGGGAACAACGAUUGCCGCAUCUACGUGGGUAACUUACCUCCAGACAUCCGAACCAAGGACAUUGAGGACGUGUUCUACAAAUACGGUGCUAUCCGUGACAUCGAUCUCAAGAAUCGCCGCGGAGGACCGCCCUUCGCCUUCGUUGAGUUCGAGGACCCUCGAGACGCGGAAGACGCGGUAUAUGGUCGCGACGGCUAUGAUUACGAUGGAUACCGUCUGCGGGUGGAGUUUCCUCGAAGCGGCCGUGGCACCGGCCGAGGCGGCGGCGGGGGUGGAGGUGGCGGGGCUCCCCGAGGCCGCUAUGGCCCCCCAUCCAGGCGUUCUGAAAACAGAGUGGUUGUCUCUGGACUGCCUCCAAGUGGAAGCUGGCAGGAUCUGAAGGAUCACAUGCGUGAAGCAGGUGAUGUAUGUUAUGCUGAUGUUUACCGAGAUGGCACUGGUGUCGUGGAGUUUGUACGGAAAGAAGAUAUGACCUAUGCAGUUCGAAAACUGGAUAACACUAAGUUUAGAUCCCAUGAGGGAGAAACUGCCUACAUCCGGGUUAAAGUUGAUGGGCCCAGAAGUCCAAGUUAUGGAAGAUCACGAUCUCGAAGCCGUAGUCGUAGCAGAAGCCGUAGCAGAAGCAACAGCAGGAGUCGCAGUUAUUCCCCAAGGAGAAGCAGAGGAUCACCACGCUAUUCUCCCCGUCAUAGCAGAUCUCGCUCUCGUACAUAAGAUGAUUGGUGACACUUUUUGUAGAACCCAUGUUGUAUACAGUUUUCCUUUACUCAGUACAAUCUUUUCAUUUUUUAAUUCAAACUGUUUUGUUCAGAAUGGGCUAAAGUGUUGAAUUGCAUUCUUGUGUAAUAUCCCCUUGCUCCUAACAUCUACAUUCCCCUCAUGUCUGAUAAAAUGUAUUUUAAGUGAUGUCAUAGACAGGAUUGUUUAAAUUUAGUUAACUCUCCAUGCUCUUCAGACUGUGAUAUUGUGUAAAUGUCUAUUCUGCUCUGGUUUGUGUGAACUGGGGAUGUUGGGGGGUGUUUGUGGUUAUCUUACCUGGGGAAGUUCUUAUGUUUAUCUUGCUUUUCAUGUGUCUUUCUGUAGACAUAUCUGAAGAGAUGGAUUAAGAAUGCUUUGGAUUAAGGAUUGUGGAGCACAUUUCAAUCAUUUUAGGAUUGUCAAAAGGAGGAUUGAGGAGGAUCAGAUCAAUAAUGGAGGCAAUGGUAUGACUCCAAGUGCUAUUGUCACAGAUGAAAUUGGCAGUAUUGACCUUAUACUAAAAGGCAAGGGUUUAAAGUGAUUAUAUACAUCUACCUUAAAACACUUGCAAACAUCUUAUGCAGUUAUCUUUAGCUACAAUUGCUUUGCUCUUUAAACCUUGGCAAUUGUGGCAAAUGUUACAUUGCCCAUUUUGUAACAAUUUAUUUUGCUCCCUUCCCCCUUUUUUUGUUUUAAUAGGGACUAAUGUGGGAAGAACUGGCUAAUUUGUCACAGUGCUUAGUUACAACUGUUAAUGUGUGACCUGCUGUUGGUGUACAUGUGGGUACAGGGUGUCUUUAAUUCCAACCAGAUAGAGUAUAAUAUCAAUACUGCUAAAUCUGCAUGUCCUCUGUGUGACUGAUAUAGCGUUGCUAUUUCAUUUUUUUAAGACAAAAUGAAAGCAAAAUAGAGAAUUCCAAUGUAUUGGUGUAGAUAAUCUAGUUGGGAAUACUUUUUAAGUCUCACCUUCCCCUUUUAACUAAUAUUCAUAAUUGACUCGUUUAAAACACUUUAAUUUACAAAUUAAAUUGCAGAUGGGAGCAUUAGGUUUAGUUUAGACUUAGGGUGGGUAGCAAUACCAGUAAACUUUUCAACUACAUAACUUUUUGCAACCACAAAACCUGUAAUACGCUGUACAGUAACAAGUGUUGGCAUUAUCAGUUGAACUGUAAAUAUAAAAUGCUUCUUCCAAUUAGUCUCUAUGAUGAUUAAGUUUCUAAAAUUUAUCUGAACACCAUUCAGAAACUUGUUUUGGGGAAUUUGAUAGUUAUUGAUGUACAUCUGUUAAACUGAUGACAGACAUAACUCAUCAUUCCCCAGAAACCUUUUUUGAUUACAGUAUCUAACAUUUUGCCUCCUCUUUUUUGGUUUUGCUGGUUAUAAAGGUUUGGAUUGGAGAGGGCUCACUGGAUCCCAAUCCUUGGAGCUGGAUCAUUGGAUUCAAAUCAUAAUGUGGAUAGGAUAGGGAGGAUGAAUUACAAGGAUUCAUGGAGCGGGAUCAGAUUACCAGGAACAUAGGAGUGGAUUCCUGCCCCAACCAAACCGCAUUCGUGUGGAUUUUUUUUUUUUUUUUUUUUUUUUCAAUUUAAUUGGCUUUUCCAAAGAUUUUUUUUUUUCCUAUUUUUGACGAUUGGAGCCCUUAAGAUGCACGAUGGAAUUGUGUUUUGCAUUUUUUGGUAAAAGGAGCAAAGCGAGGACCUGGAGAUAAUACGCUGGAGCAAUCUCCUUGGAAGGAUUCAGCACGAGUAGAUGGUAAACAUUUAAAGGGGAAAGGGGGGGUUUGUUUAAAAUAGUAAAUCAGUAAGUCACUUCUAAAUUUAAAGAACAAAAUUGGAGUUGAAGAAUAAGUAGGUUUCCAAUUGGCUAUUGCCGUUUUUCUUUGAAAAAAAAAUAAACAUUUUUUAAAAAACUAUGCAUGGUUGUCCUUUUUCCUCUUCAUGUAAAAUUUUAAGUGGGUGACUAUCCGUUAAUACUUUGAUAAGAUACUGAUUCUUGUGUUAUGUAUUAGUAAAUUAAAGCUUCUUGAAAGGUAAUCUCUAAUAAAUGGUAUUAGCCAUCUCUUAAUGUUAAUUGUGAAAGUCUUCAGGGAGAUAAGAAGGAAUUUGGUGUAUAUAAUAUGGUAAAUGGGAUGAUCUAGUUUCUGAAAGAUAAGUUUCCCGUACUUUGACAAAAAUGACUAGAAACUUAUAGAUGUUUAUUUUUUGGUGAUAAUCUAGACAGCAUAGGUUUUUGUGCAAAAUUUGGGUAGUGACUAGUUAAUGUUAACUUGGGGAUAGUGUUGGAGAUUGUCAAGCUCUUCUCAAAAAUUGGUAAGUAUUAAAUGUUCAAUUCACAGAUUAAAAACAAAUUACUUUGUUUUGAAAUGUGAAUACUACACUAGAAUAUUAACUGCUUAUAUUUGAGUGAAUUAUUGUUAAUAAAAAGCUGGGCUUUAAAAUUUUGCCUGUGAACCCUUGUCAACCAUAAGAUUAUUCUGUAUCCAAAACCUACCAAAGCAGUGAUUUAUAGCUUAGUCUGCUAUUUCUUGUAUCUUUUUACUUGACAGCCCCUUGGUGCUAAAUUUUCAGUGAAUUGGGGAAGUAGAUUUUUAGUUAAAAUCCCUAAUCUUUUUCUUUUGAUUUCCUCAUAGCUAGUCAAAAACCAUCAAAACACAUUUUUUGCACCCAAAAGAAAUAACUAAAUCUUAACAUUUGCCUUGGAUGCUAAUCAGAGUUGGAAGCUGAAUUUAAGACCACUAUGCAGGUGACAUAAUUUCAGACCUAGAAAAAACUAGACCUGAUCUUGGUGGUAGAGGAAAUGGGCCCCGAGAGAGAUUUGCAUAAGGGCACCUAACCAAAACAAGUAGAUGAGCCUUGUGGAAUGUAGGGAGGAAGGGAAGGGAUCUUAAGUUCAAAACAGAUUAUUUAAGUAAAGAACUUGGUAUAGACUAAGAAAAUUACUAGUUCUUAUGCAAGAAUUUAAAAUCCAAUGUUCAAGAAGUGGAAAGAUUUUUACUAUUAAAACUGGCAAGUUCUGUUUUAUGUGUAGAACAUAAGUAUUUUAAACAACUAAUUUUGGGAAGGUUAAUGUGAGCUAGGCUUAAGCCUGUGUUCAUUGAAUGUGUUGGAAAUCAGACCAAGAUGAAAAUGCCUUCACUCAAGAUUGAGUGCAUUAAACCUGAGUUGAAAGAUGUACUCUACUAAAAAUCGUAGUAGUUCUAACCUCAGAAUUGAAGUGAGAUGAGAAAUGUGUCAUAAAUAGGCUGUCUGAAGAUGAGAGAACUUGACUGCAUAUUUAUGAAAGAGAGGGGUGCGGGUCCAGACCGCUGGAAGCUGUGAGGGGAGAUGUAGGCUUUGUUGUUUUUGUUUUGUUUUGUUUUUUCCAGUCUUAGGAAAUGAGUCCUAAACCUCUCCUGUUUUGGCAGCUACUAGAAGAAAGUCAUAUUGUUUUAGAACUAAAAAAGCUGCCCUGUAACUAAAAAAGCUGCCCUGUAUUGUUCCCCUUUUCUCUCCCUAUUUGUGUCUCCUUAGAAUAGUGUAGGGAACCUAUAAUUAGUUUGUUAUUUUCUAACCAAGGAAAAACUCCUCUAAGUCUUUCUAAGAAGCAAUUAUUUUUCAUAACGUCAGAUUGAAUAACCCACCUUGCUGUUCAGCCCACAUCCUUCUGGAAACAAAAGGUAAGAAACCCAUUUUCUGAUUCGUAAUUGUUUGGGAUCUGAAUUUUAUUUUAAAAUUUUGUUCAAUAAUUUUUUUUAAUUUUGUAUAACAGAUUUUCCUCAUUUAAAAUGUUUUUUCUCCUAAGUUUUAUACUUUUAUAAAUUUUGAGUGUUCCCAUGGACACUCAUUGUAGUGUUUAAGUUGAAUAAGAUUGAUUUAGAAUUUCAGCUUUCUCAGUUUUAUCUUUGAAACAUCUUGCUCAUUAGGGCUGACGUGGGGUUUUUUGUUUUUUUUCAAGUUUUCUGUGUAGAUGAACUGCGUCUUUUCACUUUGUACAUGAAGCGCUGAAAUUACAAAUUAAGUUAUAUGUAUGUAUUUUUCAUAAGUAGUAGUAAAAGCUAUUAGGCUGAAGUUCUGUUGUUACAUAACCAUCCUUUGGUUUCACUUAGUUUUAUCCCGGUAUAGAGUGCAAAGGCAGAAAACAGGUUCACAAUCUCUUAUCCAAAAAACUCUGAAAACAAAAUUUCUUGUUGAAUGUAAAACCUGACCAGAAUUGAUGGCUUCAUUUUGCACUUUCUGGGGCUACGCUGUCUUCUGCAGAAAUAUUGGUGUUUUGUUACACAGUUGCCAUAGGCUUUGCUGAGGGUGUUACAUGAUACAGGGGCUAUAUACCAUAUAUUUUAAUAUUAUAAAGUGAAAAUGACUCUAAAUUUCAAAUACAUUUGCCUCCACAAGUUUGGGUAAGAGAUUGUAGAGCUAAUAGAAUGAAGAGCUAAACCUGUAUAACUUUGGGCUUGUGAGUGAAAAACCUGUUAAGUGUGGAUCCUUUAUUGAGAUGUAAGUUCCCCAUCUUUUUAGGCUGAAGCAGCCACGAGAAAAAAGGUAUGACCCACAUUUCUUUAUAUUCUGUCGCUGUUGUGGACUCAACAAUUGUACUCCACUGAAGGAAAUUCUGCCAUCCUAGUGUAUGUAGUGGUACAUUUUAUUCUUGGGGGGUAAUUUUUUUCAGUACUUUACAGGACUUUAUAUUGAUCAGUCUGAUCCUAUAGGAGAAGCUGGGAUUGGCAUGAAGUAAUGAGAUUAUAAGGAAGCAUCUGUUCAUUGUGUUCAUUUUGAUUGCAUAUUGAACAAAUAGCA